GAGUGGUCUUCUUCAGUGCCGAAGCUCGAGGUGUUGAGCAUGCGGGUCUGUUCUCUAUCCGGUCCUAUCCACCCUUCUCUUACGAGUCUUGCUAAUCUGUCGGUCAUUCAACUCGAUGGCAACGACUUGUCCACCACAGUUCCUACUUCCUUAGCGAAUUUUUCCUGCUUGAAAACUCUGAGCCUAAUGGGUUGUGGCCUGCAGGGAGAAUUACCCCAAGAAGUCUUUCAGGUACAAACACUUCGGACCCUUGACCUCUCCUUCAACCCACUUCUUCAGGUUUCUUUGCCCGAUUUUCUGGAGGAUAGUUCUCUCGAGACUCUGGUCCUGAGUGGAACGAAUAUUUCGGGGAGGCUUCCAGAUUCAAUCGGUAAUCUCAGAAAAUUGUCGAGAUUAGAAUUGCAUGAUUGCACAUUAAGUGGAUCGAUCCCGAGCUCGAUGGAGAACCCGUCAGAGCUGACUUAUUUGGACUUGUCUUUUAAUAAUCUUACUGGUUCAGUUCCGCCAUAUGGUGCAUCCAGAAAUCUGACCCAAAUAGACUUAUCUCAUAAUGCUUUAACGGGUCGGAUAACCUCCGUUGGCUGGGAAGACCUUCCGAAUCUUGAAAUUCUGGACCUGCAAGACAAUGCAUUGGAAGGGGACAUUCCCCCAGCUCUGUUUACACUUCCCCGACUUACGGAGAUACGGUUUUCAAAAAACAGAUUUAGUGGUCGACUUAUGAUAUAUUCGAAUAUCUCUUCGUAUCAACUGGACAUGCUUAACUUGGGUAGCAAUCAGUUACAAGGAUCAAUACCAGCAUCCAUUUACAAACUGCGAGGGCUCCGUUACCUCGACCUUUCUUCCAAUAAUUUUAGUGGCUCGAUGAAUAUCGAUGCGCUUGAGGGAUUUGAAAAUUUACUUGUUCUUGAUCUAUCGUAUAGUGGCUUGUCCAUUAACACCAUGGCGUUUGCUUCUGCUGCCGCAUCCUCUUUCCCUGAUUUAUAUGGGUUACAUUUGGCUUCCUGCCGGUUGCGGGCAUUGCCUCGGUUUUUGGCUAACCAGUCCAAUUUGGAGUCCCUUGACCUCUCCCACAAUUAUAUCCAAGGGGAGAUACCGCGAUGGAUAUGGACACUAGAACAUCUUGCAUUUCUCAAUCUUUCCUCUAAUUUCUUUGAAGGUUUCCAAACAGCUCUGCACAAUCAUACUCAUGUCGUCGACCUCCAUUCAAACAUUCGAUGGAAAAAGUACCUGGAUUUUUCAAAGAAUAAUAUCCAUGGGACCAUCCCAAAGUCAAUUUGCAAAGCUGGUUAUCUUGAAGUUCUUGACUUAUCGCAUAACCAUCUGAAUGGAACUAUUCCCGAUUGCUUAAUGAUGGGGUCCCUCGUGGUAUUGAAUCUGAGAAGUAACCAGUUGAGUGGCGAUAUUCCGCAAAAUAUCCCGGAAACAUGCAAUUUGAAAACAUUGGAUAUCGGUGAGAAUUUUUUACGGGGGCAGAUUCCGUUGUCACCGGCAAAUUGCACGAAGUUGGAGAUUUUGAACAUUGGGGACAAUCAAAUAGGCGGGACAUUUCCAUGCCAUUUCAAGGCCAUAUCAAGUCUCCGUGUCCUUGUUUUACGACUCAACAAAUUGCACGGGGAAAUUCGAUGUCCGCAUAGCAACAUCACCUGGCAAAUGCUUCAAAUCAUUGACCUAUCUUCAAAUGAUUUCAGCGGCACACUCCCUGCGAGUCUCUUUGCAUCUUGGGUGGCUAUGAAGGCCAAUGUGGACUUCGAUCGCCUGCAGUAUCAGUUUUCCUCGAGUGGGCUCUAUUACGAAGAUACAAUUAGUGUAACCUUGAAAGGUCUACAGCUAGAACUUGUUAGGAUCCUGACUAUUUUCACGUCGAUCGACUUCUCGGGCAAUAGAUUGGAGGGUCCAAUACCACACACACUUGGGAAUCUCAAAGCACUUUAUUUUCUCAACCUAUCGCAUAAUGCCAUUUCGGGUUCAAUUCCUCCUGUUUUGGGGAAUUUGCAUCAGCUUGAGUCAUUGGACCUCUCAUGGAACUACCUCAGUGGAACCAUACCGGCUCAACUUGCGAAUCUUGAUUUCCUUUCAUUCCUGAACCUCUCCAACAAUCAACUUGUGGGAAGCAUCCCGACUAGCGGACAGUUUCUCACGUUUUCUAAAAGUUCUUUUGAAGGAAACCUCGGAUUGUGCGGGCUUCAGCUCAACAAAAGUUGCUCAAUUACCAGGAACGGAACGGAAGAAGCUAGAGACGAUGACGACAGUGAUGAUAAUGACUUCAAGUGGUUUUACAUGGGCAUACCGAUUGGGUUCGUCAUUGGUUUCUGGGCAUUUUGUGGUCCGUUAGUGUUUAUCCAAUCAUGGAGGUUUGCUUAUUAUCGAUUCUGGGAUAAAGUGCUAUUCAGACACUCACGUCCAUGAAGAUAUCCCUUGAGGUUCAGUUGUUAAUAUAGUUUCUAUGUUUUUAAUAUUUGGGUAGUGUCGAUGUCUUUAAUGCUUAGUCUAUUACCUAUUUGAUAGUUCACUCAUGCUUAGAAGGUUGUUCCAUGCUAAUCUAUAUAAACAUGUUAUGAGGAGUAAUAAUACAGACUCGUUUGAUUCAUAACUUAUUUGAGCAUUUGGCUUGAGAACAA